GUUAUUUUAUGUUUGAGACAUUGGGACCAUUGGCUGGUUUUCUGACGGUCUGUUGGGGAUCUGUCUUUCAGAGAAAGUGAAAUGCAGUUUAUCAAAACGCAGACAGACCCGAAAACGAGUGGAAGAGCUGAGAUCCCCCCAGACUCUGAAAGGCCAGCACGCCAAGACCACAGUGAAAACCAACCAGAAAUGGAAACGUAACCUGAAGGGGGAGAGUCCGCUGCACAGAGCGUGUAUCAAAGGGAGCUGGCAAGUGGCCCACUCCCUCAUUGCGAUGGGUCACCCACUGACUGACCGAGACAAUGCAGGUUGGACCCCUCUGCAUGAAGCAUGUAACAAUGGGCACGUUGAGAUCGUGCAGAUGCUGUUGGAUUCUGGUGCCCCCGUGAACUCAGUGGAUGACAAGCUGUGUGGGGGUGUCACUGCCCUCCAUGACGCAUUACAGGCUGGACAUCUGGAGAUAGCUGAGCUGUUAAUUGACAGAGGAGCAAACCUGGCUGUACAAGAUUUCAGUGGUCGAUCACCAGCUGACUGCUUUAACCAAUGGAGUCGCAGCAUUAAGCAGGAGCCCAGCCCAGACAGCAGACUGCGAUGGGAGUCAGUCUCCCACAUUCUGGAGACAGGAACACCUCAACUUGACACAGCAACUCAGACAGCCAUGGGACCCGAAUUGAAACCAUUCUCUCAGCGUUGCCAGCGUUCCCACGGCGAUGUAUUUGUCAGUGAACACGUGCAGCUGUCUUCCUGCUCGCUGUCCCCUGAUAGCACGAUGACUUCCUGUCUGCAGGAACAAGAUGGAGGUCACAGCACUGGGGCAAAGUUACCUCAGCCUUCCCCCACACCAACAACACAGCGCAGUCGCAAGUCCUUGCAGUCCAGGAAGAUCCAAUCCUCUGUUGGACAAAGAGCAACAACAGCUAGCCCCUUCUCAUCUACAUCCGAUUCAUUUUUAUCUGAUGAAAGUGAUGACUUCAUGCCCUUUCUCAUACCAUUUAAGAAGCAACAUAUUCAUGAGGGUCAGAGUACAGCCAGUGACCAUACAUACUUCACCCAGUCCUUCAUGAGUACCACAACUUCAUCCAAAACCACCCAAUCUUCAGCAAACACAAAGAAAUCUUCGAUCAAAACCACCCAAUCCAGAAAGAGGUCAAGGAAACCCUUAUCCAAAAGUGUCCAAUCCAGAAUGGGGUCAAAGAAAUCUUCAUCCAAAAGUGUCCAAUCCAGAAUGGGGUCAAAGAAAUCUUCAACCAACCUUGUCCAAUCCUCAGUGGGUUUGGAGGAAUCUACAUCCAAACACGUCCAACCUUCAGAGAGUUCAACACUGAACCUGCUGGUUGACCAAUCACAGUUGCCUGUGGUCACCAACACAGCUGCCAAUGGGGGACAGCCACCAGCUGUGGGCAGUGAUUGGCUGGACGGUAACUGCUCAGACGAUGAUUGGCUGGAGGUUGACCGAAGCUCAAGAACACAGGCUCUGAGCCAGCCGGCACAAACAGUGACCGUCCCGGUGGUGGGAGGGUCUUGGAGCAGCUCACUCCGACCUGGGCAGGAUAAUGCUCACCGUUACAGUGCCAAGACAGCACACACUCCCACACCCUCAUCCCUGUCACACUCUGGGAAGAAUACAAUGGCCAGGAUCCCCAGCAGCUGCCGAGUGUCACGUCCGUCCACUUCACAGCCCAGUGUACCAUCCACCCCACUGCUCAUCCCAUCGUUCCGUGUGAAGGUGAAAGUGGAAAAGAAAUGCUUUGUCAUUGGGAUCCCUCCCAGUGAGUUGGACACCUACACCAUCUCUUGGCUGGCGGAGGAAGCCGGGAGGAAAUACAACAUCGAGUGUGGUCUGAGACCGCGACUCUCUCUAACCCUCGACGGGGCGCUGCUCUCUCCACAUGAACCAAUCGUCCACCUUCUCCGUGACAAUGAGGUGGUCCUGGCUGAGGUCGUGUCCUGGGACCUGCCUCCACUCUCUGAGCGAUACAAGACGGCCUGUGACAGUCUGUCAUUGGAUGCAAACCCGUCCAUGGGCAAGAUUCUACAGCUCCAGGAGCAAGGCUCCCUUGUUGACCUGUCCAGCCUGUCGCUGAGCAAGGAGCACCUGAGUCCCAUCCUGAGGGCCCUGAAACUGCAGACCCCCACCCACCAGCUGUGCCUGUCUGCCAAUCGCCUGGGUGACGAUACCAUGGGGGAGUUGCUGGCCUGCCUGGUAACCAUGCCCAACCUGAGGGUGCUGGACCUCUCCUCCAAUCAGAUCACACACCAAGGCCUGAGCACGCUCUGUCAGGCCAGCAGGCCAACUGGGGAGGCCGCUUUUCAGAGUCUGGAGGAAUUGAACCUCAGCCUCAAUCCUUUGGGUGAUGGCUGCUCUCAGUCUAUCGCCUCCCUCAUCAGAUCCUGCCCGCUACUGAGCACGCUCAAACUGCAGGCCUGUGGCCUCACAGCCAGGUUCCUGCAGAAUUUCGCUCUGGCCUGCACAAUGAAAGGGACCAAACACUUGAAAACUCUGAUCCUCUCCAACAACGACCUGGGAUUAAAAGGGGUCCAGGUUCUGCUGAAGAAUCUUCCUCAUGACAUCCUUUCCCAUCUGGAGAUCUCCUCGAUAUUUUGUGACCAGGAGGCCUGGCAGUUUCUGGAGCUGGUUGCGGGGUACCUCACCCAGGUAAGGACCACACAGCUGCUGUCCAGGCUCGGUCCCCUGUCCCUCAGUCUCUCGAGGAGCUGAAUUUGAGGAACGUCU